AUGCGCUCCCAGGCAGUCCGUGCAAUCAACUCUCUCAGGCACCGCGUCCUCGCUCACUCUACAUUCUCCCUCCGCCCCCAUUCAACUUCCGCGCGCAGAGGUCCUCGGCUAACACCAGGGGCCAAAGCACUGAGAGCGGCACCGACUAUCCCGUUCUUCGGCGCUCUCUUUAGUUCGAAGAGCAACAGUGACGAGUUGUCUGGAAAUAUGUCAUACCCCGACCAGCGAAGCGAUGACCAGUGGAGGGCUGUUCUGAGUCCCGAGCAGUUCCGAAUUCUUCGUGAAAAGGGUACCGAGGCCCCCGGCACGGGCGAAUAUGAUUCCCAUUACCCGUCGAAGGGUGUGUACACCUGCGCGGGCUGCAAUGCGCCGCUCUAUACGGCCGAGCACAAGUUCAAAUCUGGCUGUGGCUGGCCCGCUUACUUCGAUUCUAUUCCGGGGGCCGUCAAGAGGCAUGUGGACAACACUUUCGGCAUGAAGCGGACCGAGAUUGUUUGCAACAACUGUGGCGGCCACCUUGGCCAUGUCUUCGAGGGAGAAGGAUACCCGACGCCCACUGAUGAGCGACACUGCGUGAACAGCGUCAGCCUGCGCUUCACCGAGGAUGAGGCGGCUGCAGGAAAGGGGCCACAUGAAAAGGCCAAGGCGUAA